AUGGCCGACCAGCCGCUCAAACCCCCAAAACGACCCCGACCGACCUCCGAAAAGAAAUGGUCUCUCUCUGAUUUCGACGUCGGCAAACCCCUCGGCAAAGGUAAAUUCGGCAGGGUGUAUGUCGCUCGCGAAAUCAAGGAAGAUGUAGGAGAACUGAUGGAAGAAAGUGGAGAUGCAGCAAGAAUGUGGUUCCACUCCAGAAAUACUGCCAACGGCACAUGCACCGGGGUCGUCAAUGUUCAAGAAAGCACGUGGAACCUGUUCAGAGAGUACCGAUUCCUAAUAAUCAUCGAACCUCGGAUGCCUAUAAUGUCUUUAGUUGCAUCUGAUGUAGAUGAUAGAGUUUCUGUUUCUAUCCAGAGUGAUCUCGGUCCCAGCCAACCCCGUUACACCUAUAGAAGUGGUUUCCCAGCUUGGGGUGAUCAUGGUGAUGGCAAGUUUAUUCUUGAUGAUGCCGAUCCUAUAAACUUGAGUUACAGGAAGCAGAAUGUAGUCGGAAACAACUACGUGGGCUUCAAUUCUCUGAGAUAUGGUUUGUCUCCCAAGAGUGUUCUUAAUGCUGCAGGCAAAAUCGGGCUGGGGUCGGGAACCAUGGAAGGCGGAGUACAGAGAUGCCGGAGAACAGAUGGCAAGAAAUGGCAAUGCAGGCGAAACGCCCUCCACAACCACAAGUACUGUGAGGCACACAUGCACAGAGGGGCGAAGAGGCUCGUGGUGAAGCCUGAAUAUUCGAGGUGUUCUAAACCGACUCCUGCUUCGAAAGCUCAAGCAUCCUGUCUCAUAACUAGAAAUCUUGACAGCGGCAUCAACUUGAACACAGUACCAGCAAGCCCUCAGCGUGGCACGAGCAAUGAUUCUAAUAGCAGCACCAGCGACGCCACAACCAUCACAGACGAAAACAUUAGCUAUUGUCUCAGCAACAACUCCCUUCACCAUGGCUAGAGAUCAGUGGAAAAUUUGCAGUAACAGGACAUUAUAUCAACCCUAGUAUUGAGAAACUGGCUGAUUUAGAUUGAAUAAGGUUUUGGUGUAUGUAUUUUGGUAGUGCUUAUUGGGAUCCAAGGAUAACUUAUACCUGA